AUGACAACUAAACUAACUUGGGAGGAACACCUACGAAUUAAAGAUAUUAAGAGAUUAGACCUUGAACUUUGCGACUAUGGACAUUUGAAUAUCCUUAAUUUAGGCUGGGAAGCUUGGGGGAAAGUGUAUUGGGAAAAAGUUUUAUGGGCGGAUGGUGGAUUGGCAGAAAAAGAAGUGGAGGGAAUAUAUCCGCCGAGGAUAUAUCUAAUUUGCUUUUGUAAAAGCGAAUGGAGUAUCGGAGGAGGAGGUAUGUUUAAAAUUAGAUAUAAUAUCAUGCCAAGAGAUAAAGAAUUUGAGAAAAUAUUACAAGAAGCCGAAGACCCUAAGAAUAUCGGUCAAGGUUCUUGGGCUUGUCCGGAAAACCCUACCCCUUCGGAAAAGGUUAAAUAUGAACUCUGUGAAAAGAUAUUAGGUUAUCAGGAGGAUAACAAAUUAUCCGAUGAAGUAAUGAUUAGAAAACUCCAUUUAACUCAAACUGAACUAGAAGACAUUUUAUUUUGCCGAAUAAGCAAAUUUACUUUGGAUUACUUAAUGAAUGUGUCUAGUAAACUAUUUUUGCCAAUGAGGUUCACCAAGAGCAACAAUGAACUUAUCUCUGCCUAUUCGAAUUUACUUUUAAAAAAAGAGUUAUUAAGCGAAUUACCAUUACCGACCAUCCUUGAAGAAAAAAAGGGAGAGAGAACUGUUAUCCGUUUAGUUAAAAUAACGAUUAAAAUUAGAUAUUAUGAAAGGAUUAAUAAUUUAACUGAAAAGGAAUUAAGUAAAAAAUUGGGAAUAGAUCAAGCCAAAACCGAGAAUAAUAAAAAAGAGACAGAGACAAUUGGAAACAACCUUAGCUCUCUAAUUCUAAUCAAAACUAAUCAAACCGAAAAAGUAAAAAAAAUACUAGAAAAAGAAAAAGUUGGUUAUGAAAUUUACAGUUCGGAAACUAAUUUAAAGGCUAAAUCUUCUUCCAAAAAUGUAAAAGAAUUAAAAGGAAAAUUAGUAAAGAAUUGUCCUAGUUGUAAGUCAAUAUUUAUUCCUAACAAAGGAGCAAAAUGUCUUGCUACUUGUCUAGCUCAAAAACUAGAAGCAGAACACAAAAAAAUAACUGAAAAAAUGAUUGCUAGUUGUUUUCCUAAAAGAAAAAUAAAACAAAUAAUUUAUAUUCCUUGGUAUACUUUACGAAGCAAAAAGGAGUUUUUUGAGACUAAUCCUCAUGAAGCCGGACAUAUUACCGCUUUUGAGAAAAAAUUUGCUUUAACCGAAAGAAAGAUAAUUAAGAAAAUGUAUGAAUUAAGGGACAAAUAUGAAACUCGUUUAGUAGAAGAAUACGAAUUAGUUAAUUACUAUGAGGAGUAUCAGAAAAUAGUUGACAGAUAUCAAGCAUGA